UGAUGCAGCAGCAUGGCCAUGCUUUACUUCCGUGUAAACAUAACUGAAAUGCACGACACGGACGUCCUCGUUUCCUCCUCAGUGGUUUAAUUGUUCUUGAAUAUGGAUUUGUGCCAGCUGGUUAUUUAAAAGCAAAACGCACGCGUACGUCGUUAUUGCGGUGACGUCAUUCAGAGCUUUAAAGGGUGCUAUAAGCGCAUUGAUAUGUGCGGCCCCUGGGGACUGUAUUAUGGUGUUUUUUACGACCACUCUAAUGAUGGUGAUGAUGAUGAUGAUGAUGAUGAUAGUUGAAGUCAUUGCAAGGCCCUCCACACCCUGAAAGAAAAGAAACAUCAGCAGUUGCUAAGAUGGCGCCGCCAACUGCUCCUCUAGUUCCCGACAAGAGAAAUGUAACAAACGGCCGCAGCUCGCCAGCCAGGACUGGAAAACCAACUCCGGCUAACGUGGAGAAGAAGCCGCUCCUAAAUGGAUUUGCAUCGCCUUCACACUUGGUGGCUAAUGUCAGUACCAACCAUGUGGGCAAACCAAUGGUCGAAGGUUUCUUGAAGACAGACGACAGGAUGCGUUUAGCCAAAGAGAGACGAGAGGAGAGGGAGAGAAGCCUUGUGGCCCGAGAGCAACUGAUCAGGGAGAAGGAGCGGCGAUCUCAGCUGCAGUAUGAGCGCACGGUGGAGGAGCGCUGGAAGCGUCUGGAGGAGCAGAAGCACAAAGAAGAGCUCCGCAGGGCCGCGGUGGAAGAGAAGCGAAGGCAGCAACUGGAGGACGAGAGGGAGCGGCUGGAGGCCUUGAUGAGACGCUCUCUAGAGCGCAGCAUACACCUGGAGCACAGACACAAACGCUGGAGCAGAGGCUACCCUGCAGGAGCAGGUGACAGUGAGAAUGCACCGCUCUCUUUCUCUGCUGCCUCCGCCCUUUCCCAUGGCCUUGCCUCCCCUCUUCCUGCUGUCAGCGAAUCUGCGCCCUGCAGCCCUCGCAGGUCACCUUUGUGCAGCUCACGCAGCCCCGCUGAUCCCCACAGAGCAGCGGGAGUCCUGGAAGGCUCCCGCUCCACUCCCAACACACCCAAGAAAGAGCGUCUGCACAGGGAAAGAAGAACCGCCUCCCCGGGUUGUGGAUUUAUCCUGAGAAGAUCUGAAUCUCCUCAUAUCCCCAAACAGCUGACCUCUACAACUACUUCCAAGCUGGCUUCUAAGAAGCACACCCAGUCUCCUAGCAACAUCUACGAGUACCACCACUCCCCCUCUAGACAUCGGUCAACCCAUGUCAAGAAACAUGACGAUAAAAAGAUGGAAAGACACAACAACAAGCUCUCUGCAGGGAAAAACAACCUCCACAUACCCAAUUCGACUGACAUCGGUAAAGCCAGAUCUUCUGAAGGCUUCAAGGGUGACACACCAGAGAAGAAAGUGGAGCAGAAGAAGACAGAGACUGUCAGUCAUAGUGGAGAUAAGAAAAGAGAAUCAUCGCCAUGCAUGGUCACAGGGAAAGCGGCAGCCAGCAUAACCAAUGCCGAGGACGCCAGCAGGCUGUUAGCGGAGCGUAGACGCCAGGCCCGGGCGCAGAAAGAACAGGAGGACAAAAAACAAAUGCAGGCGGAUGAAGAAAGGCUCAAAGAAGAACAGCUGAGGAGGCAACUUGCACAAGAGCAGCAGCAGCAGGAGCCCAAGGCGAAGAAUAAUGCAGACUCUCAUAAGACGAAGCAAGGAGGAGACAUGGGACAGGAGGAUGUGCAGGAGAAAGAGUUGAUGGACACAGAGAGAGAAAAGGCCAAAGUUCAAGCACAAGAGGAAGCCGAGCGUCAGCGUCAAGACCGAGAGCAUCAGGUGCAGCAGGAAGAGGAAGAGAGGCAGCUGAGGAAAAAGAGAAUCGAGGAAAUAAUGAAGAGAACGAGGAAAGGUGACACUGACGUGAAGGACGAACAGGUGGAGACCGAGUCACCACCAGGAAAGGGAAAGACUGGUCAAAGUGAAGCUCAGGAAUACUUUAAAGAGGGUAAAGAGCAGGUCACAAGCCAGGGCGAGACAAAGGGGAAGAAAGAAGCUUCAGCACAGAUGGAUCAUCAUGGGGACAUCAGCACCCAACAAGUAAUGCCAGCACACAGUGUUCCUGACAAGAGGCUGGACACUAGGGAAAGAGAGGACAAGGAGGGUGGGCAACACCAAAGAGAGGUACUGGUGAACAAGCAGCCCAAAAUGGGCAUGAUAAAAGCCAUGGAUCCUUUUAAAAAAGCACCAACAGAUGUCAAUAGUCAGCAAAAGGAGAUGAACGGAGUGGUCAAAAGUGCAAAGAGAGGCCACGUGACAGCGGAGGUAAGCAAACCGCAUGUGGGAAAACCUGAAGGAUCGCCAAAGCUCAGAUCACCACCUGUCAUACACCUACAGCCACUGGAGGUGAAGCACUUUUGUGAUGAGAUGCAGCCAAUGGACGUCAGCCCAGCUUCCAAGGAGGAAUUGAUUUCCAUCCCAAAAUUCUCGCCGGUAAAUGAAAUCCCACACUGCGGGAUAAGUAACAGCCGGGCCCUCCGGGACCUGAUGGACCUGACAGGCAGCGUCACAUGCUCCAAAGUCACCUCUGAUGGCAACAUAGGUGACUGCAACAAGAACCUGAUCGAGGGGGUCGUCAGCCCCGUGUCGGAUUCUAAGCUCACCGCGACGUCAAAUCAACUUAGCAUCCGCUAGCGCAACCGUAACACUAGAUAUCACAUUUAUAAACCGUAUCACUAUAUGUAUGGGAAGAGAGCCAUAGUAUGCACCUACCAACAAACCCUUGCAGCUUUACAGUAAAACAAUGCAGGGGUGGGUAUUUAAGAGAAUGUAUGGGAAUGAUCUGAACUCCUGUUUUCAUGCCAGUGUCAUAUUGAGCAGAGUGCAGUGGUACCUCAGUUUCUUUAGGAAUCUUUCGCCACAAUAUUGCCCCAGUUUUUUUGUCUCGUUUAUCGUACGGCACCUAACAAACUAGUCCAUCGUACGACACCUAACAAACUAGUCUAUCGUACGGCACCUAACAAACUAGUCUAUUUGUCUAGAAUUGAGUGCCCCAAAAAAGAAUCCCACGUGUUAGGGACUUUUUUGUUUUGUUGUGGCAUUGGACGCUUUGUUUUGUUGUGUUAUUAAUACAUUGUGUGAAUCCAACUGUGUUUGUAUUAUUUAUUUCAAAUCGUGCUCUCAACUCUCCCACUCGGAAGUAAUUCUCAGCUCCGUCGCCCUUCUGUGACAUCAUCUCUUGGUGACUCUGUGGGUCUUUGCUAACUAACACAGUCACAUCGUAAUUCUAAAUACGGCUGCAAAUAACCCAGAAAAGCCAAAUAAUGGGGGCCAGAGAAAGUUGGGAGUGUCAGCAUGUGAUGUUACAUGUUCAUUUAUCCAUUUCAAUGGUCAUUUAUAUUUAUUCUGCAUUGUUUUCUGCAUGGAAAACGAACUGUUCUGUGUAAAAUGUAUUUUGUGUUAAUAGUUGUGGGUGUCUGGAACAGUUUUAUUGGAUUUGCAAUACUUUUAAGAAAAAUUGCUUUGGUUUUUAUACAGGUCGGUCUUCUUCUGACCUUUUGGAAUGGAUUACAGUAGUACCUCAAUUUAUGAUCUUAACUAUUUCUGUGACGGAGCUCUUAACUCAAAACGCUUGCAUCUCAAAUCAAUGUUGGAAUGAUUGAAAUCAAUUUAGUAGGUGCUUGGCCACCCAAAACAGGGCCGUUUUAACAUCUAACAUGCCCUUUUAAAAGAAAAAACAAACUAUUAGAUGAGAAAUGUUGUAUUGAAACAAUACAAUAGAGUAAUGAUUCUCAAACUGUGGUACAUGUACCAUUAGUGUUACGCCAAAGAAUCACUUGAUUAAAGUACAGUGUUUUAUUUUCCUUUAUUCACACACAGUGCUACUGUUCAAACUGUGUGUAAAGUUACCGUGGCGAAAAAUAUUACAUAUACGUGUUGAAUAAAACCUCUGCCUUGUUUUAAUGAACACUUAGGCCUUGUGUGCUACUGUAAUUUAAUGUUGGCCGAUUUGGUGUUACUUGGAAAGACAAGUUUUUUCUGAGGUGUGGAGUUUGCAUAUCCUCCCCGUGACUGCGUGGGUUCCCUCCGGGUACUACGGCUUCCUCCCACCUCCAAAGACAUGCACCUGGGGAUAGGUUGAUUGACAACACUAAAUUGGCCCGAGUGUGUGAAUGUGAGUGUGAAUGUUGUCUGUCUAUCUGUGUUGGCCCUGCGAUGAGGUGGCGACUUGUCCAGGGUGUACCCCGCCUUCCGUCCGAUUGUAGCUGAGAUAGGCUCCAGCGCCCCCCGCGACCCCGAAGGGAAUAAGCGGUAGAAAAUGGAUGGAUGGAUGGGUACUAGAUGAAAAAGUUUGAGAACCAUUGCAAUAGAAUGUACUGGUAACAACUACAGUACUUUUAAAAUAAUAAUGUACAACAUUUAUCUUGGAGAGUGGACUUGUAUGGCGUCUCCUUUCAGCUGUGUCUCCGUCAAACCCACCAUCAGCAGCUUUUCCAUAUUUUUAUGGAUAAACGUUUGCCAUUUAUUUAUUGUUUAAACAUUCUUGGCUGGCAUUCGACUCAGUCUGCUACACAUUCUGUCACGUUUUUAAUUAUUUCUUUCUUUAAUUCAAUGACUCUUCCCUUGCCCAGAUGCAGACAGCUCUUAUCUCAAAACAUUCUUAAGUUGGGGCACUCUUUAAUUUGAGGUACCACUGUACUAACAAAAAACGAGGUACCACAGUAUUGCUGUCAUUGUGGAGGAUUGUGGAGGAUUGUGUGUAUGUAGCUCAACUUCCUGUGGCCAUCAUAGCUUUCUUUAUGCAGCUUACUCGUUAAGACUAAAUCAGCAGUGCCUCUGUUUGUUUCGCAAAGUAGUGCACUCCAUUUUGUCUCGGUUGCUUCAAAACACAAUUUAGCGACAAUCGUUUUUUUAGUAUAUCGUUCAUCCCUAAAGGAAAGUAAAUGAAUCAAAAGUAUCAGUCAGGUUUUUGAAUAUGGAAAAAAUGUACAGAAAGUUGAAGGACUUUAAAGAGUCUCAAGACUAUACUGAGAUUUCCAAAUAGCAUGUAAGAUAACAGAGUUGAUACUAUUGCUUGUUAAAAUGGGGCUGCAGCUUUUAGUGAAUCAUUUAUACGAGCAACUUGGAUCUUGCUUCUAAUGUUUAACAAAAAUAUUGCAAUGAACUAUCGUUAUUUUAUAGACAUAAUCAGUUAGAAAAUUCAUUCAAUAGGAAAUAAGACUUCAAUGCUGCAGUUAAAUCGCUGUGCUCCUUAAAAUGCUUGCUCAACUCAUUAAAAAAAACACUCUUAGCUUUCAGUCUUAAACUGUACAUCCGGUAUAGAAACAAACGCCUUAUGUAGAAAUAUUCAAUAUAUGGUCAAUUUGCAAAUCAUUGUUUUUCUUACUGUAUUUUGUUUCAACAUGCAGGGAAGACAUUGACCUUUAAGUGUGUGACCUGUAAUACUUGAACCUCAUUUGCACAUGUUGUUGUGUUCACUAAUGACAUUUAUUUUAAAGAGUAAAUAUUUGCUUUGCAGACAUGGUAAAUUAAAAGAAAGAGUCAUCUGAUAUUUCAAAAUAAUCUCGCUGUAAAGUGAAUUUAAAGCUUCUGCUGUAGAGUUGUGCAAGGUUAGCAUGGUCAUAGCAAUGGCAAACAAUAAAAUAUAAAUGGUCAA